AGGAUUUUGACCUUGCAGCAGUGUACCUGUCAGACGCCCAGUAUAACAGGAACAUAUUUUUUGACACAACACCUCAAGCUAUAAGGUAGGUAGAGAUGGUUAUGUUUAAUGAUGUUAGGUUAUAGUUGUUGCCAGAGCAUUCAACUUGUUGAAUACAUCCAAAUAGACAGAGCAUGUAUUAGAAUAAAUAAAAAUAGAUAGAAUCUUGUCACUUGUAGCUUAAGGAUAGCAGUAGAGGUAGUCCUGCAAUCAUAGGCCGUGUUUGUAGUUGUGUGUGUAACAGUAUAAAACAUAAAUUUAAAAAAAGACAGUCAUCAGAAAGAGAGAAAGAGUGGGAUAUCUAUGGUUGAAGAUAUUGGAUAAUUCAACUGACAUAUGGAUUCUGGUUGUUGUUUUUUCUUCCACAGAUUGUACUUGCUCUAUAACCACUGGGGGUUGCAGAUCUUGGUGUAUGCCUUCAUCAUAGUGGACCUGGCUUUGGCCAUCUUUGAAGACCCAGCAGUUGUUCCUCUGCCAAUAUGGGUAGAUAUCCACAAUGAUAUUCCUCUCAGCUUGGUGCAAUUCUCAGUCUUUUUAAACGCCAAUGUUUUGGCCCAGAGAUAAUGAAGCAUUCCAUGCAGUAUGCUGGAGUGUUUGUCUCUUGAAACCUUUACUAAUAACCCAUUUUCUUUAGGCUUGUUUUAUUGCUCUUUUCAUGUUUUAAAUCUAUCCACAGUUGUCCAACAGUUGUAUUAUGUGUAGCACUGUGUGUGACCUCUGUUUUUUGAUGAGAGUACCAGGGUCGUGUUCAGUAGGCCUAGGGCACGUUGCAGAAAUGUUCUGAAACAGAAAUAUUCUUAUUGGACAAGUUCAUGUAGCCCCUCUGUUUCAAAGCAUUUUUUCCUGUUUGCGCCAAAUGAACACCACCCCAGUCAAACUUGGUUGAAUUGCUAACAAUUGGUUGUGCAUAUGUACAGUGGGGGAAAAAAUGUAUUUAGUCAGCCACCAAUUGUGCAGGUUCUCCCACUUAAAAAGAUGAGAGAGGCCUGUAAUUUUCAUCAUAGGUACACGUCAACUAUGACAGACAAAAUGGUGGUCCUCUGUAGCUCAGCUGGUAGAACACGGCGCUUGUAACGCCAAGGUAGUGGGUUCGAUCCCCGGGACCACCCAUACACAAAAAUGUAUGCACGCAUGACUGUAAGUCGCUUUGGAUAAAAGCGUCUGCUAAAUGGCUUAUUAUUUUUAUUAUUAUUAUUAUUAUUAUUAUUAUUAAAAUGAGGAAAAAAAAUCCAGAAAAUCACAUUGUAGGAUUCUUAAUGAAUUUAUUUGCAAAUUAUGGUGGAAAAUAAGUAUUUGGUCAAUAACUAAAGUUUCUCAAUACUUUGUUAUAUACCCUUUGUUGGCAAUGACACAGGUCAAACGUUUUCUGUAAGUCUUCACAAGGUUUUCACACACUGUUGCUGGUAUUUUGGCCCAUUCCUCCAUGCAGAUCUCCUCUAGAGCAGUGAUGUUUUGGGGCUGUCGCUGGGCAACAUGGACUUUCAACUCCCUCCAAAGAUUUUCUAUGGGGUUGAGAUCUGGAGACUGGCUAGGCCACUCCAGGACAUUGAAAUGCUUCUUACGAAGCCACUCCUUCGUUGCCCGGGCGGUGUGUUUGGGAUCAUUGUCAUGCUGAAAGACUCAGCCACGUUUAAUCUUCAAUGCCCUUGCUGAUGGAAGGAGGUUUUCACUCAAAAUCUCACGAUACAUGGCCCCAUUCAUUCUUUCCUUUACGCGGAUCAGUCGUCCUGGUCCCUUUGCAGAAAAACAGCCCCAAAGCAUGAUGUUUCCACCCCCAUGCUUCACAGUAGGUAUGGUGUUCUUUGGAUGCAACUCAGCAUUCUUUGUCCUCCAAACACGACGAGUUGAGUUUUUACCAAAAAGUUCUAUUUUGGUUUCAUCUGACCAUAUGACAUUCUCCCAAUCCUCUUCUGGAUCAUCCAAAUGCACUCUAGCAAACUUCAGACGGGCCUGGACAUGUACUGGCUUAAGCAGGGGGACACGUCUGGCACUGCAGGAUUUGAGUCCCUGGCGGCGUAGUGUGUUACUGAUGGUAGGCUUUGUUACUUUGGUCCCAGCUCUCUGCAGGUCAUUCCAGAACCCCCCGUGUGGUUCUGGGAUUUUUGCUCACCGUUCUUGUGAUCAUUUUGACCCCACGGGGUGAGAUCUUGCGUGGAGCCCCAGAUCGAGGGAGAUUAUCAGUGGUCUUGUAUGUCUUCCAUUUUCUAAUAAUUGCUCCCACAGUUGAUUUCUUCAAACCAAGCUGCUUACCUAUUGCAGAUUCAGUCUUCCCAGCCUGGUGCAGGUCUACAAUUUUGUUUCUGGUGUCCUUUGACAGCUCUUUGGUCUUGGCCAAAGUGGAGUUUGGAGUGUGACUGUUUGAGGUUGUGGACAGGUGUCUUUUAUACUGAUAACAAGUUCAAACAGGUGCCAUUAAUACAGGUAACGAGUGGAGGACAGAGGAGCCUCUUAAAGAAGUUACAGGUCUGUGAGAGCCAGAAAUCUUGCUUAUUUGUAGGUGACCAAAUACUUAUUUUCCACCAUAAUUUGCAAAUAUAUUCAUUAAAAAUCCUACAAUGUGAUUUCCUGGAUUUAUUUUUCUCAAUUUGUCUGUCAUAGUUGACGUGUACCUAUGAUGAAAAUUACAGGCCUCUCUCAUCUUUUUAAGUGGGAGAACUUGCACAAUUGGUAGCUGACUAAAUACUUUUUUUCCCCACUGUAAUCUUUUCCUGAAUUGAUAGUAGCCACACGUUUUUUUCUCCCUCAGGUGACCUCAGUGAUCGAGCUUGUCUGUCUGGCAGCCUUCACUGCUCGGCUCGUGCACUACGCCAAAGUCAUCCCCCGGGAAAGGUUUUGGAAAGACCCCAAGAACAUCUGCAUCUUUGUUAUCAUUUUGGUAGGAGCAACUCAACUACUGCAAUACAAUUAUUUUUAGGUGCAGGAAUAAUGCACAGGGGAACAGCGGACCUCUAAUUUCUUAUCUUUAUUAUUUUUCAGCCCUGGUAUACUACAGUUUAGGGCGUGCAUAUUACCCUCAUGUUCUUUAGUGCAAUACAAUAUAGGACAAUACAACUUUAUUUCUCCAACUACUACAUCGGAAAUUCCUUGUCUGCUCUGCUCCUACCUCUCCUCACAAGACAUGAACACUAGGGUCAUUGGGAUCCAGUGCUUUUGAUUCAGUAUGCAUAUCUCUAUCAAGGUACAGGUACCUAAAUAAUACAUUUUAAUUUAUUUGAAUGAUUUUAUCCAGCGACAGCUUAUACAUAUUCUGUAUAUAUGAACAAUGCUGGAAUCAAACCCACAACCAAGGUAUUACUAACAUGUAUUAGUCUGGGUCGUUGAAAGAAAUCGCUACUUUGCCCCUAGACGCUGAUCUUGGGUCAUUGUAGCAUUUACCCCACAAAUGGUUGAGGUUAGGAUUGGGGGAGGGGAAUCUGAUCCUAGACCUGUACCUAGAGGAAACUUUGGUCAAGAAGGAAUUGGGAAACCCACCCAGUGACUCAGUGUAGCAGCAUUUGAAGGAACUGUAUUACAAGUUGAGAAUGUGCUGAGAAGUGCUUUGCACAUUGUUGUGAAUAAACCUUUAGCCCGAAGUUUCCCUGUGUCAGGGAUUCUCAACUCCUAGUUACUUCCUAGUGUUAACGCUAUAACUCGGUUUGAUUCUGAAUAAACAAAUGACUCAUUUUGAGUGCACUGUUGUACACCGCUAACUCCUGUAUUGACCAUAUAUGCAAACAUGUAUUGAUAGCAGUAGAUAUAGAUAGUAUAUGGCAGCUAUAGAUGGUGAAACAUAUUUCAAUGUAAAUUGUAUGACUGGGGUGGUGUUGACUUUUGAUUGAGCAGUGUGUGGAAAAGUGGAGCCCAAUGUUGGAAUUGGUCUAGCUUCAAGCCGUCAUGCUACUAGACCAAUUCCAACUUCCAACACUGGGCUCCACUUGAGUUAGUUUCUGUGUGAGAAUUGCUAUGAAAUAAUCCAAAAAUGCUGAAUUGCAAAUCAACCACUAGCCAUUACUCUCACCCACUUCAGGAUUGGAUAGAUGGAAACAAUAUGACUACAAUACAAUAACCACACUAAAUCUAUACAAUCUACUUUGAUCUCCAGGAGUCGUUAGAGGUCAAUUUUGGAAUUUAGCAUACAACUUUGAGUAACUACUCCCAUUACAAAGAAACAAACAGGGUACUAAUUGAAGUUUUUCCCUUUCUCAGCUCUCACUUGUUGACAUGAUCAUUUAUGGGGCGUUGAAAGCCACAGGUUUCUACGCUGUCCGCUGGUCGCGGGUACUGAGGCCCCUCCUACUGGUCAACAUCACUGAGGGACGACAGGUAAAAACUCUCUCCUUUUUUCUCCGUCUCAGUUAAUGUAUUGUCUGUCACACACACAAACAUCAUCUUCCCCCUGAUUCAGGGGGGUUGGGUUAAAUGCGGAAGACACAUUUAGGUUGAAUGCAUUAAAUUGUGCAACUGACUAGGUAUCCCCCUUCCCUUUUAUCACUCACUCACAUUCUCUCUUUCUUCCUCUAGCUCCGGAGAGCAUUCCGAAGCAUCCGAAACGCACUGCCUCAGAUCCUCUAUGUCUUCCUGCUCUUCAUGUUCAGCGUGCUCAUGUUCUCACUCAUGGCCCUCAAACUCUUUGGGAAAAGGUAAGUCAGGAUCAGGAAUGUCCUGUAGUCAUAUGGGCAUAUGUUUGCCAGCAUUGUAAGCUCUAGAACAGGGGUGAUCAUCUUGUCUUCAGAGGACUGGUCUGAGUGCAGGCCUUUGUUCCAGCCAAGCAGUAACACAUCUGAUUCAACUAAUCAACUCAUAUAUAUCAAUACUUUUAUUAGUUGAAUCAGGUGUGUUCAUGCUGGGUUGGAACAAAAGCCUGCACCCAUGCCGGUCUGAUAUAGUUGGCAAGCAAAUAAUUAUUACCAAAUGCGUAGCACUUCAUAAAGUUGCACUGAAAACUACUGUAGUUUCCUCUAUAAGAGCAGGUCUAGGAUCAGCUAUUCUAUCCCAAUUCCCAAACCUAAUCUUAACCAUCAGAAAGAAAAGCAGUGCUCUGAGGGGCUAUGUCAUCCUACACCAGCCUUGUGUGGUUAGUAGAGCACAUCCAUCCAUACUUCCUGUUUGCAAAGAGGGAGGGGACUAGGAUCAAGUUGCCCUUAGACACUCAUCCAGGGUCAUUUCUGCAGUUGACCGGCUAAUGGUGAAGGUUCAUGUUUUUGAGGGGGGGCGGGGGGGGCAUUGUUGUUGGACGUAAUGCAAACCAGAUUUGUGCUGCUUUUUCCUCCAUAGGGACCUUAAAACAACAGAGGGACGCCCCUAUUUCACCAACUAUCUGGAGAUUGUCUUUGAUCUCUAUGUCCUAGUCACUACUGCCAACAGCCCGGAUGUCAUGUGAGUACCCUGGAUAUAUCCACUAUCCAACCAUAUUCCUUAUGAUUUUUAUUAUGAAAUCUAGUAAGAUGUGAAUGCUUCUUUAAAGCUAGAAUCCUUAAUUGAAAAAAUAACAAAGCUGUCACCACACCUCUGUUUUGGUAAAAAGCCUAGGAAUGGGCAUGAAGAAAUGUAACCACUGUCAAAUUCCUAGACAGAGCUAUGGAUGCAAGGGCUGACCAUACACUAUAUCACAAUUCUAGUUUUAACCAUGUUUUGAGGCUAGACAAUGUUUGUUUACAUUGUUUACAAACAUUGGAGUAAAACAAUCUUAUAUUUUGGGUUCUGAUGGAGUAUGACAGUUGGACUAAGCUCAUGAGGCAUUUAUAAGUUAUAUCUUUAAGAAUCAAUGGGUAUAUAUCAUUAAUUUAUAAGUCCAAAAAUGGAUGUAGCAUUUAAGGAUUCUAGCUUUAACUGUAUGACUUUUAAUUUGUAGUACAACUUUAAGUACAACAUCCCCUUUCUAUAUACACUCAGUGGCCAGUUUAUUAGGUACACCCAUCUAGUAGCGGGUCGGAUCCCUCUUUGCCUCCAGAACAGCCUGAAUUCCUCGGGGCAUGGAAACGUUGCUCAAGGGUCCAAACGCGUGCCAGGAAAACAUUCCCCACACCAUUACCCCACCACCACCAGCCUGUACCGUUGAAACCAAGCAGGAUUGAGUCAUGGACCCAUGCUGCCUCCAAAUCCUGACUCUGCCAUUAGCAUGACGCAACAGGAACUGGGAUUCGUCGGACCAGGCAAUGUUUUUCCACUCCUCAAUUGUCCAGUGUUGGCGAUCGCGUGCCCAUUGGAGCCGCUUCUUUUUGUUUUUAAAGUUGAUAGGAAUGGAACCCGGUGUGGUCGUCUGCUGCAAUAGCCCAUCAUUCUCAGUAAACCCUAGACACUGUCGUGCGUGAAAAGCCCAGGAGGACGGACGUUUCUGAGGUACUGGAAGCGUCGCGCCUGGGACUGACGAUCAUACCACGUUCAAAGUCGCUUAGGUCACUUGUUUUGCCCAUUCUAAAGUUCAGUCGAACAGUAACUGAAUGCCUGUCUGCCUGCUUUAUACAGCAAGCCACAGCCACGUGACUCCCUGUCUGUAGGAGCAAACCAUUUUCUUGAACGGGUGGGGUACCUAAUAAACCUACAACUAUUUUGCUGGGAGUAGAUUAUGCUUGCAUUGAUGGUGACACGUGGUGGUUUUUGCCUACUGAAGUUGAAUAAACUGGUUGUUAGUCGCUCUGGAUAAGAGUGUCUGCUAAAUGACUAAACUGUAAAAUAUCUCAUGAGUCAUUUAAUUGUUUCAUCUUUAAUAUACAGACACUUACGUGGACAAAUCUUGAUGUAUUUUUGUCUUUAUUUCCCCACGUAGGAUGCCAGCGUACAACUUCAGCGUUUUCUUUGCCGUGUUCUUCAUCAUCUAUAUCCUCAUCAACACGUACAUCUUCAUGUCGGUGUUCUUGGCGGUCGUGUACAACAACUACAAAAAGUACCUGAAGGUAAAGUGGGCGGACAAGACAAUGAUAGAAGCUCAGCAUGAUUUCUUCGCAGAUUUGCUCCUUUUGUUGGUUCUGAUAUGGUUUGUUCCAUUCUGUGUAGAGCGCGUCUGAAUGAGCUAGUAGAACGUCGCAUAACUUUUGUAGGCUGUUGCUUAAAGGUAGCUAUUUUGAGUGCUUUUGUUAUGGGUUUAUUAUGAAAUUCAAUACUGGUGACUUUAAAAUGUAAGUAGCCUUGGCUUGUGCGAGACGGAAUGGCUCAUAGAAGCAGGAGCCUAUCUCCUGUGUCUGUAGCUUAAGGCAGCUUGGUGUACAAGUACACCCCCCAAGAAAGGACGCUGGUCUAUCGCAGGGCCUUACCCUCAAAUCUCCUUAAUGCUAAGUGCCAAGCAGAGACCCAUCAGGUCCCAUUUUUACAGUCUUUGGUAUGACUCCGCCGGGCAUCGAAUUCCUAACCUUCCAAUCUCAGGGCGGACACUUUAACCACAAGCCCACUGAGUUGGUGAGAAAAGUGAGUGGCUGAUAGUUGUGUGGUGUCAAAAAGGACUCACCUACUUACAAAGCAUGUAGAGGUCUGUAAUUUUUAUCACAGGUACACUUCAACUGUGAGAGACGGAAUUUUAAACAAAAAUCCAGAAAAUCACAUUGUAUGAUUUUUAAGUAAUUAAUUUGCAUUUUAUUGCAUGACAUAAGUAUUUGAUCACCUACCAACCAGUAAGAAUUCCUGCACUCACAGACCUGUUAGUUUUUCUUUAAGAAGCCCUCCUGUUCUCCACUCAUUACCUGUAUUAACUGCACCUGUUUGAACUCGUUACCUGUAUAAAAUACACCUGUCCACACAUUCAAUCAAACAGACUCCAACCUCUCUACAAUGGCCAAGACCAGAGAGCUGUGUAAGGACAUCAGGGAUAAAAUUGUAGACCUGCACAAGGCUGGGAUGGGCUACAGGACAAUAGGCAAGCAGCUUGGUGAGAAGGCAACAACUGUUGGCGCAAUUAUUAGAAAAUGUAAGAAGUUCAAGAUGACGGUCAAUCACCCUCGGUCUGGGGCUCCAUGCAAGAUCUCACCUCAUGGGGCAUCAAUGAUCAUGAGGAAGGUGAGGGAUCAGCCCAGAACUACACGGCAGGACGUGGUCAAUGACCUGAAGAGAGCUGGGACCACAGUCUCAAAGAAAACCAUUAGCAACACACUAUGCCGUCAUGGAUUAAAAUCCUGCAGCGCACGCAAGGUCCCCCUGCUCAAGCCAGCGCAUGUCCAGGCCCGUCUGAAGUUUGCCAAUGACCAUCUGGAUGAUCCAGAGGAGGAAUGGGAGAAGGUCAUGUGGUCUGAUGAGACAAAAAUAGAGCUUUUUGGUCUAAACUCCACUCGCCGUGUUUGGAGGAAGAAGAAGGAUGAGUACAACCCCAAGAACACCAUCCCAACCGUGAAGCAUGGAGGUGGAAACAUCAUUCUUUGGGGAUGCUUUUCUGCAAAGGGGACAGGACGACUGCACCGUAUUGAGGGGAGGAUGGAUGGGGCCAUGUAUCGCGAGAUCUUGGCCAACAACCUCCUUCCCUCAGUAAGAGCAUUGAAGAUGGGUCGUCGCUGGGUCUUCCAGCAUGACAACGACCCAAAUCACACAGCCAGGGCAAAUAAGGAGGGGCUCCGUAAGAAGCAUCUCAAGGUCCUGGAGUGGCCUAGGCAGUCUCCAGACCUGAACCCAAUAGAAAAUCUUUGGAGGGAGCUGAAAGUCCGUAUUGCCCAGCGACAGCCCCAAAACCUGAAGGUCUGUAUGGAGGAGUGGGCCAAAAUCCCUGCUGCAGUGUGUGCAAACCUGGUCAAGAUCUACAGGAAACAUAUGAUCUCUGUAAUUGCAAACAAAGGUUUCUGUACCAAAUAUUAAGUUCUGCUUUUCUGAUGUAUCAAAUACUUAUGUCAUGCAAAUUAAUUACUUAAAAAUCAUACAAUGUGAUUUUCUGGAUUUUUGUUUUAGAUUCCGUUUCUCACAGUUGAAGUGUACCUAUGAUAAAAAUUACAGACCUCUACAUGCUUUGUAAGUAGGAAAACCUGCAAAAUUCACUUUCCCUAGGUGGGUGUUAGUAGUCUAAAGUCUACUUUGCUUCAUCUUCACUGAUCUGAGGUUAUAGGUCAAGUGAAGUCACUUCACCCAUGUGCUUUGGGGUGAAGUUUCCUCUAGGUACAGGUCUAGGAUCAGAUUCCCCUCCCCCAAUUCUAACCUCAACCAUUUGUGGGGAAAAUGCUACACUGACCCAAGAUCAGUGUCUAGGGGCAACUUCAUCCUACUCCUAUCCUAUGUACCCAAUCAGGAAGAAGUACGGCUGCUCGUCAGGGCCAAGAGGCACAAGAUGGUGCGUGCCUUCGGCGUGCUGCAGGAGAGGAAGGGAGAGGAGGAGCCUGUGGUAAGCCAGGCCUGUUGGAACCAGCUUGUGCGGUUGGUCCAGCCGGACAUCAGCAACGCCCACAGGGAGCUGCUGUGGAGUGUCUCCGACGACAACAACAAAGGCUGCAUAGGUGAGUGGGUGGAGUCUACGUCACACAGGGACCCACACAAAGAUGUUACAUGCUGACUAAAUUGCAGAUUGCAGAUGACUGCCAGAUCUCACAACGCCUGGAUAGGUGUUUAAUAUGUCAGCUAACAUCCACAUCAUAUGAUAUAGCCAUCUGAAGCCUGAAUUCCCAGUCACUGACAUAGUACACAACCAUUGGUUCAUGGAAUGUAACGCCUGCAAUGUAGUCGCCCUGGAACGCUACCAUAGUGUUACCCAAGCAGCACCUUCUUUGAGCUGAAGCCUUAAUUGAUUCAUUUCAUCCAUCCACCUGUGCAGGAAAAGUGGCAUUUGUUCAGCUGGCGGACCUCCUGAACAUCCAGGUCAUCAUGAUGAAGUCACGGCCUCACCCCCUCCAGACAUGGCUACCCUCUCUCUAUCUCUCCUCCCCCAGUCGUCUCGUCUGCCGCAUGGUCCAGCACAAGUGAGUGCAGCCAAUGAGUGUAGACGUUACUCAGCAGACGUACAGGGAAGAGGUUUGGGGGAGCGUGUGAAAGUAUCUGAAAGUGUGUAUAUAUAUAUGAAAGUAAUUCAGUGUUUCUCAACCAAUUCCUUGGUAAACCUCAUAAUGACAUCUUUUUUUAACUAGUUCUUGUUUGUAGUGAUAUAACUCCAAUCACUUUUGCCCGCUAUUUACUAGAUUCCUUUCAGCGUCAGAGCCGUGGUAUAGUGGUAACAUAUACAACUCCCUACUGGAGACCAGGGUUCAAUCCCUCCCUCUACCCUUCUCACUGUUUCUCCCACUUGCGUGUUUAAACACCUAAAAAUUACUUUACAAAAUCUAAACUUCAUUUUCGUUGAUGCAUACAUCAGUUUGCUAGACUCCUUUCUUUGCAUAAGAUAACUUUAAGAACCAUUUGGUACAUUUUGACUUUAGUAUUUGACUGGUCAUUGGUAUUUCCAGUAUUUGUGUUUUUUCCUGUGGGAACAAUAAAGUUUAUUUUCCAUGUGAGCCUUGAAACUUUACAAGAGUUGUAGAAUGUGUGUUAAUUUUAUGACGUUUGUGAAAGAUGACUUAUAAACGUUCACAAGUCACUACAUUAUAUAAUGCUAUACCUCUAAAAUAUAGUCCAGAUAGCUAGAACAUGGUUGACAUGAACAUUGUUGACUUGAACAUGGUUAACUUAAGACUAGAGUGUGGGACAGCUGUAGUGUGUCUGUGUGGGCUUAUAUACGUGUAGGUCUCAUGUAUAUCUUUGCGUUUUUCUUUCCGUGUGGGUAAUAUCCAGGGCGUUUGUGUACACCUACGACCUGAUCAUCCUGGUUAACGCGGUGUUCAUCGGUCUGGACGAGGACGACCCGCUGAUAGCCAACGUAGAGUGGGCUUUCCUGGUCCUCUAUCUCCUAGAGAUCCUCCUCAAACUGUACAGCUUUGAACCCCGCGCCUUCUUCUCCAGACACCAGUUCUGGAACUGGUGAGAAGCCCAAGCAUUUUUGUCCGGUUACGCGGGCAGCGAUUUAAGCCUAGUCCUGGACUAAAAAGCAUGCUUACUGAAGAAUCUCCAUUGAGCUUUCUUUUUAGUCCAGGACUAAGCUCAAUCUGAAUCUGGGAAACCAACCCCUUAUGUAGCCAGUAGUAGUAUACAGUGGCUUGCGAAAGUAUUCACCCCCCUUGGCAUUUCUUUCUAUUUUGUUGCCUUACAACCUGGAAUUAAAAUGGAUUUUUGGUUUUUUGAUUUACACAACAUGCCUACCACUUUGAAGAUGCAAAAUAAUUUUUUUUGUGAAACAAUCAAGAAAUAAGAACAAAAAAACAGAACUUGAGUGUGCAUAACUAUUCACCCCCUCAAAGUCAAUACUUUGUAGAGCCACCUUUUUCAGCAAUUACAGCUGCAAGUCUCUUGGGGUAUGUCUCUAUAAACUUGGCACAUCUAGGCACUGGGAUUGUUGCCCAUUCUUCAAGGCCAAAUUGCUCCAGCUCCUUCAAGUUGGAUGGGUUCCGCUGGUGUAUAGCAAUCUUUAGGUCAUACCACAUAUUCUCAAUUGGAUUGAGGUCUGGGCUUUGACUAGGCCAUUCCAAGACAUUUAAAUGUUUCCCCUUAAACCAGUGUUGCUUUAGCAGUAUGCUUAGGGUCAUUGUCCUGCUGGAAGCUGAACCUCCGUCCCAGUCUCAAAUCUCUGGAAGACUGAAAUAGGUUUCCCUCAAGAAUUUCCCUGUAUUUAGCGGCAUCCAUCAUUCCUUCAAUUCUGACCAGUUUCCCAGUCCCUGCCGAUGGGAAAAACUUCCCCACAGCAUGGUGUUGGGUUUGCGCCAGACAUAGCGUUUUCCUUGAUGGCCAAAAAGCUCAAUUUUAGUCUCAUCUGACCAGCGUACCUUCUUCCAUAUGUUUGGGGAGUCUCCCACAUGCCUUUUGGCGAACACCAAACGUGUUUGCUUAUUUUUUUUUAAAGCAAUGGCUUUUUUCUGGCCACUCUUCCAUAAAGCCCAACUCUGUGGAGUGUACGCCUUAGUGGUCCUAUGGACAGAUACUCCAAUCUCCGCUGUGGAGCUUUGCAGCUCCUUCAGGGUUAUCUUUGGUCUCUUUGUUGCCUCUCUGGUUAAUGCCCUCCUUGCCUGGUCUGUGAGUUUUGGUGGGCGGCCCUCUCUUGGCAGGUUUGUUGUGGUGCCAUAUUCUUUCCAUUUUUUAAUAAUGGAUUUAAUGGUGCUCCGUGGGAUGUUCAAAGUUUGGGAUAUUUCUUUAUAACCCAACCCUGAUCUGUACUUCUCCACAACUUUGUCCCUGACCUGUUUGGAGAGCUCAUUGUUCUUAAUGGUGCCGCUUGCUUGGUGGUGCCCCUUGCUUAGUGGUCUUGCAGACUCUGGGGCCUUUCAGAACAGGUGUGUGUGUGUGUGUGUGUGUGUAUAUAUAUAUAUAUAUAUAUAUAUAUAUAUAUAUACACACAUACUGAGAUCAUGUGACAGAUCAUGUGACACUUAGAUUGCACACAGGUGGACUUUAUUUAACUAAUUAUGUGACUUCUGAAGGUAAUUGGUUGCACCAUAUCUGUGGUACGUGCAUAUCUGAAUACAUAUGCACGUACCACUUCUCCGUUAUUUAUUUUUUUGAAACAAGUUAUUUUUUUUAAUUUCACUUCACUAAUUUGGACUAUUUUGUGUAUGUCCAUUACAUGAAAUCCAAAUAAAAAUCCAUUUAAAUUACAGGUUGUAAUGCAACAAAAUAGGAAAAACGCGAAGGGGGAUGAAUACUUUUGCAAGGCACUGUACAUAGUAUAAUUUGUUGUUUUCCCUUCAAAUACUUUGAGCGUUUGAUUGAACCUGCCUGGAGUGCCAUGCCGGGGAUGGGCAGGGUCUGCACUUUGGUGACUAUUCAAUUGGUUCCAUUGUGUCAGGCAAGCUCAAUCAAGCACGGCUAAAGUUGAAAGAAAGAAAACCAAUACUAUUUGAACCCAGAUCUGGUCAAUAUUAGAAGCAAUGUUUUAUGUUCCCCUUAUGCCAUGUAGAUGCACCAUCCCUAAUUCUGUGACCAAGGCUUGUUUACUUAAGAGUGGUACUCAGCGGAUUAGGUAUAUGAUGAUUGAAUUGCAAUGAAAGGAGACCGCUUCUGCUUGGUUUAAUUACUUGUGUAGUAAUAUCUUCCUCACCACUAUCCACACAGGUUUGACACCAUCAUCGUCAUCACUGCCUUAAUAGCUAUGAUCAUCAAUUCAGCACUGAAAUUAUGUAAGUAAAACCUAAAUCUGUGUCAGGGAAGGGAAAAGGGAUACCAAGUCAGGUCUUCCGCAUUUAACCCAAACCCUCUGAAUCGGAGAGGGGUGGGGGGCUGCCUUAAGUGACAUCCAUGGCAUUGGCGCCUAUAUGGGCCAUGUUCCUGGACACAGACCAAACCAAGUCCUUGAUUAGAAUUACAUUAGAUUCUCCAUUGAGCAUGGUUAUUAAGUCCAGGAUUAGGCAUAAUCUGUGUCCGGGAAACCGGCCCAAUAUGUCUUUAAAUCUAGCACAUUGUGUUAUCAUGGAUCAUAUCAUAUCACUUCCACUCUUUACUCACAAACAGUAAAGGUUAUUUUUCUUUGUUAAGGGCUCUGCAGCAGUGUGCCUGCAUUGCAACCAUCAAUGUUUUAGGCCUACAUUUCCGAUUGUAGACCACCAUGCCAUUGAGACAGUAUAAAAAAAAAUGACAGUUAAAGUUAUUAAGGCAAAUACAAUAUACAACUUAAUUGUCCAUUUUGUCUGGGGUUUGCUGUUCCCCAUGAGCCCCCCUUCUGGUGGUGAUGGCGGCUCAUUGUUAAUGUUGGCUGCUGUUGACCAUUGCGCUAACAUUGGGGUUUUACAUUAUGUCAACGCUGUGCUGGCUCUGGGGAGCAGGAGUGGAAGGUCACCCAUAGUAAGCCUCUCAUUGGUUUGUUGGAGUCAUCCUAUUGUUUCUGUUGCCCAUAUAUUUUUGUCUUUUUCAUGUGUUAUUUUAAACCUAUUGAUGAUUGUCUGUUGAAUGAUGAGUCGUCAUCAUGUUUCAUUUGAAAAUGAGUAAAAGUACAAUGAAAGACAAAAAUAAGAUGGUACUUUAUUAAUGUUUUUUUUGGAUAGAUGACUCUUGAUAGAUACUCAAAUUAAAUUAUUGAAAAAUCAGUAUAGUAUAUAAUUUUACAUUUUAGUCAUUUAGCAGACGCUCUUAUCCAGAGCGACUUACAGUUAGUGAGUGCAUACAUUUUCAUACUGGCCCCCCGUGGGAAUCGAACCCACAACCCUGGCAUUGCAAAUGCCAUGCUCUACCAACUGAGCUACACGGGACUACACAUAAUAACUUACGUUGGUAGUGGGUGGCAUACUUUGGCGAUGGAUGAGGUUUUUCCUACUUUUAGGAGCUUGUUGAAAAGCGCUAUAAAUCAAACAUCUGCUUCCUAUGUAGACUUGGGAUGAUGUUUAUUUUCCUUGUCCUUUUUUCAUUAUGCUGUCUGGUGCACUCUACUACAGCAAAUGAUUUUGCCCUCCGAGUCUGCCUUGCGUUCAUGUUGGGAUGUUCAUGUGUUUUGUCCCAGCUGGAGGCUACACCAGCCGUCAGAUCCUGGACAUUGUGUUCAUCCUGCGCAUCCUGAGGCUCAUACGAGUGGUGGACAGCAUCAAAAGGUUAGGAGGUCAAGGACUUCCAUUUCCUGUAUGAGCAGGGUCUGGUGUGUGUGUGUGUGCGCUCAUGUACGCGUGCAUGUAAGACAGUUUCAAAAUAAAGAUGUGAAACAUUAUCAAACCGUUUCCCUUAACUGCCAGGGCUAGUAUCUGCAGUAGCUACUGUGACAAAAUGAAUUUGCAGAAAGUCCUAUACAAGUCAGAUAUGGUUGAUUUGAUAUUCUCAUUCAUAGACUUGGAACUCAUAUUCUUCCUGAUGUUCUUUCUCCCUAAGGUUUCGUGCCAUCAUCAACACCCUCAUCAAGAUUGGACCGACGAUACUCACAUUCGGACAGCUCAUCGUCGUAAGUUGUUUGUGUGUAGUUAAAGUUAAAUUACACCAAGAAGGGAAUGUGUUUAUUAAGGAUAUUUAUGGACCAAAGUGUGACCCUAUUCCUGCAUAUUGAGCUUAAAGUGCCAAUCAGCAGUUGAAACAAUACCAAAGUGUACUCGCCACUGUUUCACUAAAAAGCUGAGGGAUAGGGCUGGAGAAAUGUAACCACUCUCAAAUUCAUAGACCAAGCUAUGGAUGCAAGGACUGACCAUCCAUGAUAUUGUAAUUAUAGUUUUAAUCAUGUUUUGAGGCUAUACAGUGUUUGUUUACAUGUACUUUGUUUACAAACAUUGGAGUAAAACAAGCUUAUAUUUUGGGUUCUAAUGGGGUACGACCGUUGAACUAAGCUCAUGAGUUUGACGCUUGUAAGGGAAUCGGAUGAUUUCAAAUGUCAAGAUGAAUCAAAUUCCCAAUCUAUCAGCUGUGUAUAUCCAGCUAUAAUAUGCCUCAACCCCAAAUGAAUGGAAAAGAUAAGCGCCACACAAUUGUAGUUCUUAUCUCUUUCCUUCAUUUUGGAUUAUGCCAUACAGCUGGAUCUACAAAACAGAUGGUCUUGGUCAUUGACUCAUAUUUAAAUUACACUGAAAACAUCAGACAAUUCAUAUUUGAGUGAAAUGUCCCUUCAAUAUUUAAUCCUGUGUUGCAACUGAUGAUUGAUUGACUGCAUAGUUGUCCCAUAUACAGUACAUUCGGAAAGUAUUCAGACCCCUUGACUUUUCCACAUUGUUACGUUACAGCCUUAUUCUAAAAUUGAUUAAAUAGUUUUUUUCCCUCAUCAAUCUACACACAAUACCCCGUAAUGACAAAGCAAAAAAAGGUUUUUAGAAAUUGUUGCAAAUGUAUUACAAAUAAAAAACUGAUAUCACAUUUACAUAAGUAUUCUGACCAUUUACUCAGUACUAUGUAGAAGCACAUUUGGCAACGAUUACAGCCUCAAAUCUUCUUUGGUAUGACGCUACAAGUGUGGCACACCUGUAUUUGGGUAGUUUCCCCCAUUCUUUUCUGCAGAUCCCCUCAAGCUAUGUCAGGUUGGAUGGGGAGUGUCGCUGCACAGCUAUUUUCAGGUCUCUCCAGAGAUGUUCGAUCUGGUUCAAGUCCGGGCUCUGGCUGCGCCACUCAAGGACAUUCAGAGACUUGUCUCGAAGCCACUCCUGCGUUGUCUUGGCUAUGCGCUUAGGGUCGUUGUCCUGUUGGAAGGUGAACCUUCGCCCCAGUCUGAGGUCCUUAGCGCUCUGGAGCAGGUUUUCAUCAAGGAUAUCUCUGUACUUUGCUCUGUUAAUAUUUCCCUCAAUCAUGACUAAUCUCCCAGUCCCUGCUGCUGAAAAACAUCCCACAGCAUGUUGCUGCCACCACCGUGCUUCACCGUAGGGAUGGUGCCAGGUUUCCUCCAGACGUGACGCUUGGCAUUCAGGCCAAAGAGGUUUGGUUUCAUCAGACCAGAGAAUCUUGUUUCUCAUGGUCUGAGUCCUUUAGGAGCCUUUUGGCAAACUCCAAGCGGGCUGCUUUUUACUGAGGAGUGGCUUCCGUCUGGUCACGCUACCAUAAAGGCCUGAUUGGUGGAGUGCUGCAGAGAUGGUUGUCCUUCUGGAAGGUUCUCCCAUCUCCAGAGAGGAACUCUGGAGCUCUGUCAGAGUGACCAUCGGGUUCAUGUUCACCUCCCUGACCAAGGCCCUUCUCCCCCGAUUGCUCAGUUUGGCUGGGCGGCCAGCUCUAGGAAGAGUCUUGAUGGUUCCAAACUUCUUCAAUUUAAGAAUGAUGGAUGCCACUGUGUUCUUGGGGACCUUCAAUGCUGCAGAAAUGUUUUGGUACCCGUUCCCCAGAUCUGUGCCUCGACACAAUCCUGUCUCGGAGCUCUACGGACAAUUCCUUCGACCUCAUGGCUUGGUUUUUGCUCUGACAUGCACUGUCAACUGUGGGAUCUUAUAUAGACAGGUGUUACUUACCAAAUCAUGUCAAAUCAAUUGAAUUUACCACAGGUGGACUCCAGUCAAGUUGUAGAAACAUCUCAAGGAUGAUCAAUGGAAACAGGAUGCACCGGAGCUCAAUUUUGAGUCUCAUAGCAAAGGGUCUGAAUACUUAUGUAAAUAAGGUAUUUCUGUUUUUUUUAUUGUUAAUACAUUUACCAAAAAUUCUAAACCUGUUUUUGCUUUGUCAUUAUGGGGUAUUGUGAGGAUUUUUUUGAAAAUUUGUAACGUAACAAAAUGUGGAAAAACAGACGGGGUUUGAAUACUUUCUGAAUGCACUGUAUUUCUCAGGUGGUCUAUUACAUAUUUGCCAUGGUGGGAAUGGAGCUGUUCAAAGGGAAAAUCCGCUUCUUCGAGGCUAACUCCACUGAUCCGGAUAAGGCAUUCUGUGGAAACCCCCUGCUCAAAAACUCAGCAUUCGCCAAACACAACUACUGCAAGAACAACUUUAACAACGUGGUUUCCUCUUUUAUCCUCCUACUGGAACUCACCGUGGUCAACCAGUGGAAUGAUAUCCUUUUCAAAGCAUGGGAAAAUACAUUGAGAUAUUAAGCUAAAACAUUACUUUUUAUGUGCUCUUGUGAAAAUGUUGCUCCAAGAUAGAAAUCUUGAAUCAGAAUUGUAAGGUAAGCUGUGUUCACUGACUAAAACAGUCAAAAAUACAUUACUUUACAGUAGGUUGGUAAGGAAUACCUGGGAUAGGAUAAAGUAAUCCUUCUACCCCCCCCCCCCCCCCCCCCCCCCCCCCCCCAAAAAAAAAAUUGUAAAGUGGUUAUCCCACUGGCUAUAGGGUGAAUGCACCAAUUUGUGAGUUGCUCUGGAUAAGAGCGUCUGCUAAAUGACGUAAAUGUGCCCUUGAGCAAGGCACUUAACCCUAAUUGCUCCUGUAAGUCGCUCUGGAUAAGAGUGUCUGCUAAAUGACUAAAAUGUCAAUGUAAAUGUGUGUAGAGGGUUAAACAUACGUUGAAAUUGCAAUAUAACUCUCUUUACUAAACAGUCUUCGUAGCUUAUUUCAGGAUCCAGACAACUGGGUAAUUUCUCAGUGUUUCUCAAAGUUGCCAGGCUAACUUGACCAUUCAGUGGAGAAUUGUUACUAUUUUAUUAUUUUCUUUAAUGUUGGUCCCACUGCUGUCCAGCGGUUUCACCACAGUCACUCACAUCUCAGCCAGGAUGUUCUUCGUCCUCUUCCACAUUGUAGUCGUCAUCAUCAUUAUCAAGUAAGAACAAGUCUCCUUUUUGAAAUACUAAGAACCAAACAAACUUUUCUCAAUGAUACUCUAUUGCUGAAUAAAAACAUCGACCCCUACACCCCAGGCACUCCUGUAGAUCUAAAAGGAUUAGACAAGUUUAAGCAAUAUGGUAAUAACUUAACUUUGCCUUUUGAUUUGCUUGGUGGAAUGUCCGCCAUAUUGCUUAUACCCAUCCAAUAGUUUCAGAUCUCCAGUGCCUAGGGGGCAGUGAUAGGAAUCAAUUUGGAACCCAGCAUAGUAUGACUUUGUAUUUGAUAACUCACUCAAUUCUCAUAAAGAUCGAGUAUCACAUGCCUUUUUUCCCUCAGUAUUUUCAUUGCUUUCGUCCUGGAAGCCUUCUUCGUGGAGUACACCGUGGACAGAAGUAACCUACAAUCUUCUCUGGAAAAGAAAAUUGAGGAACUGGAAUUGGGCGUCAAACAGUACGUGCCUGAUAGUUUUGCAAUUGGAGAAUAAUUUUUUAUGCCUUGGGUGGGCUUGAUUUCGUAUUGAGUCAGAGGGGUGAAAGUGUAGCAUGCAUAACUUCCUGUAGCCAUGAGUCAUGUUCCAAGCUAAACCACAUACAGUAUUCAUGAUGCACUGCCUUCAAAUAAAGGGUUUGCUAAUUGUUCAUGUUAAAACAAAGGGUUUGCUAAUUGCUUAUUGGCCAGUAGAUGUGGCAGACUGGGGGUGUGUUCAGUGAGGUGAAACGUUCAGAGCGUUGCAGAUAGAAAUGUGAUGAAUAGAGUUGAUACGAUUUCCUAUUCAACAUGACAAUCAUAUCUACUCAAUCUACGCAAAACAUUUCGAUCUGAACGUUAUGUAAUGGUGUGUCCUCCUGAACAGCCAUGUUUAUCUUGUUUUAUUGUGCUUUCUCUUUGUGCUAAUCAGAGAGAAACUGGAUGGAAACUUGGUGGAUGCCAUGGAAACGAACGACAAUGAUAUGGGCACCUCUGAGUCGACCAAGGGAAAACCUGCACUCAUGUUCAAGAUCGCCUCUAAAAGUAAGCUUUGAGGAGAAUUCAUUGUAGCACUGUCUGAAUCACCUGUAUGGUGGUAUGACACAUUUUAUACCUUGGAAAUCUAUGAAUGUGAAUGGAAAUAUAUGCAUAUGGCAAUUAAUGCUUUUUCAAAUAUUAUGGCUGCUAUAAUAUGCUAUACAAUGUUAUGAAUUCUGAAUGCACAAUCAAUGCAUCAUAGAAUCACAUAGAAUCAUCAUAGCUAUACAGUAUGUGAUGAAUUAUGAUUUACUACCUGGAAAAGGGUUAUCAAAAACCUGGGUUGUUUUCAAUAGGAAACAGCAAAGAUUUCAAAAUGUAAAUCUGCGUUUUUGUUAGACACGUUCAGGUAGUAGCCUACCUGAAUAGGGCCUUUUAACAAUCUGUACUGACAUCAGCUUUCUGCCUGCUUCCUCCCAGGAUACAAAACUGUGGACGGUUUGUUACAGAGGAUGUUUGAGGCGGACCUAGACCCAGAGGACUUUGCAGAAGAUGAAGAUUUCGAUCCCAAUAACCCAUCGAAUCUGAACUUCCCAAAUCCAACCUUUGAUUCUGUAUAGCCGUGGUCAGAAAGGGAAUAAAUACUCUAAUUUAGCUUUCUGUUUUUGUACUGAAAUGCCUUAUAUUAUCAUGCCUAAUGUAUCAUAAAAAAUACUAUAUUUUAUGAAAUAUUUCUAGAGGUUUAUGUAAAACACAAUUCACACUAUAAACGGGUAACAUUCCUCAAUGUGAUAUUUAGCUCGCUAUUUUGAUCUCUUUCAUAUACUGCUUUUUGUAAAUAUCUUGACAACACAAUCCACAUUCAUCAAAAAUGAGAUUUAUUCUUGUUUGAUGAUCGCCAUGUGAAGUUAUACUCAAAGGAACAGCAUUUGAUCAUCUAUCAUGAAGGGAAAACUGAAAUGAUAUAAAAUGGAAUAUCUACUGAGGUAAUUUGCCACAGCAUAAAAGGUUGUUUAUUUUGUCUGUUUCUUCUAUUGGGAAAUCUGACUCAAAUACAUGCUGUAUGUAGAGACUUUACUCUGAACGAUUUAUAUUGUCAUUUAUGGACAGUUUCCCGGAUACAGAUCAGGGCUUAUCCUGGACUAAAAAACAAGUUCAAUGGAGAAUCUCAAUUGAAAUGGGUUUUUAGUCCAGGACUAUGUUUAAUCUGUGUCCAGGGAACCAGCCCUCGAAGUUCAGUCACAUCCAACCAACCAACCUUCGAUACAAACCAUUACUCUGUUGGCCUAUGUACAUCAUUAUUUCUCUAUUAAUAAAGCAUGACCAGCUAAGGAUAAAAAAAAAAGCCUUUCUUGUGAUGUAUUAUGUGCGACCAAACUAACAUUUCAUGUAACCAAGCAUUAAUUGACCAAAGACUGGUUUGCUCUGACAUCAUCAGUACAGGCACUUUUCUUCACUUUUUCAAUUAAGCUUUGGCUGUUUGGUGCAUAGCCUACCCUACCUGACAUGUGCAGAGUCUACUAUGAUUGGAAACGGUUGGAAAGCUACAGUGCCUUCAGAAAGUAU